GACAGAAUAUAUUUCAAAUACCGCCCAUUUUAGCUUUACACGUUAACCAGUGCCUAGUCAUCUUUAAAAGUGAUACAGCUUUUUCUGCCGGCCAAUACUACACGCACCAGAAAGUAGGCUAAAUAAUACAAAUACAAAGUUAUCAUAAUCACACGUGUUCUUGCAUCUUUGUUGGCAACGCCUGACAACAUAAAUAACAACAUUUCUUUUUUAUCUUGUUCUUCUUGAAAAGAAACAAAUCAAGAUGGCGACUUUAUAAAGCCAUGUUUAACUUGACGCUACACAUUGAAAAGUUCUGUUGGAUGGUAUCGCAGGUAGUGCGUAGAGAUAUCGCCCCUAGAAAUAGUCUAGCUUCUGAUGUAUACUCUGGUGCAUGUAGCGUUUCCCUUUUCUACAAAAUGCGACAUCUUGGAACGGCAUUACUUUCUGGAAACAGUAUAUUAGACUUGUCAUAUAAUGUUCCUCAUGCUCAAUCAAGCAUUUUCUCUGCAGAACAUUGGCAUCCUCUGCGAAAAAUGUACAGCAAAAAGCCAGAUCAUGCAAAACAAUUGUGUGUGAAUAAAAAAGCUUCAGACAUUUUAUCAGAAGCAGAAUCAAUAGCGAAAUCAAGUCUUUCUGAAGCUAGCUACUACAUAUACAAGUACUUGUACAAAAACAAGAAAAAGCCUACCCAAGAUGAAGAAUUUAUACUGCACACAUACGCUUUUGUUUUGGGAUUUAUUGAAUAUAAUCAACAAGAACAUUAAAAAAAAUGAACAAGACUGCAUAGUUAAAUUCUGGGACCAAUCAUGGAAAAACUUGUUCAGAAGGCAACUUUGAGGUUAAAAUGGUGGGCAGAAUCUUUAAUGUUUUAUUUGGUUACUA